AUGGACUGGACUACUGUGGUAGAGUGCCUUAAGAUCAUUGCUGAUCCCUCAACGGAUGGGAAAACUUUUAAGCUGAUCAACCCAUACACACAUGAACCAGUUGCAGACGGUUGGAGAGACCUCAGCCCCGAUGAUAGGGGUGCCUAUUUGCGCAAGCUGUCACAUUUAAUUAAAGAGAAUAUGCCUGAAUUGGCUCGCUUGGAGUCCAUCUCGAUGGGCAAGCCUGUAUCACUUUACAUAGAAGGCAAACAUGCGCAGGGAACUAGCAGCGUGAAUACCCCUGACCUCCUCAGUAUUUCGCUUAGGCGGCCCUACGGCGUCUCGGCUUUCGCUGCCAAAUCGAUUGCAGAAGCCGGCUUCCCACCUGGCGUCGUCAACAUCAUCUCCGGCUUCAGAAGCUCAGCCGGCAGUGCCAUAUCAUCCCAUAUGGAUAUGCGUUGCCUGAGCUUCACUGGCUCCACAUCCGCCGGCCAAAACUUCAGCAUCCACUUCACGAGCGGACAAACCUGCAUCGCGAACUACCGCAUUUAUGUGCAGGAGUCCGUUGCAGAUAAAUUCAUAGCGGUUUUCAAGGAGAAGUUUGGCGCCGCGAGACGUAUGGGCAACCCUUUCGAGCCGACGACGAACCAUGGACCGCAGGCAGACAACAUUCAGUAUGAGCGGGUCACGUCAUACCUAGAGACUGGGGAAAAGGACGGAAAGCUCACGAUGGGCGGGGAUGGCGGAAAGGGCUUCAUCAAACCGACCGUCUUUGAGAACGUCCCCGAUGACUCCCGGCUUAUGAAAGAGGAGGUCUUCGGACCUGUUGUGGCGAUCAAUACGUUCAAGAUAGAGGAGGCAAUUGAACGGGUCAAUACCUCCGAGUUUGGUCUUUAUGCCUCUGUUUUCACGAAGGAUAUGGAUCGUGCAGUGCGACUGUCUAAGCUUCUCGAGGCAGGUACGGUUGGUGUCAACAGCACGAGUCCCACUAUGGUGAAGGUUAUGCCAAUAGGCGGAUACAAGCAGAGCGGUUUGGGUCGGGAGGGUUUGCUGAGCGGCUUGGACAGCUACCUGGAGACAAAGACCGUUUUGAUCAGUUCAAGUUCUUGA